AUUAACCAUGAAAUCUACAAUACUCCCUGAAUCUAUACAUAGACAAUAUUUUACAAAUCACAUCAAUUCCCUUUAGUCCAUAAAGACAAGAAAAAAUAAAGUUGAAGAAGACUCUAUAGGUGUAAUCCGUUAACGUAAAGUGUCUAAUAUCCUUAAGUUUCUAUGAUGAAAAAGAUAAAAACUCAAGUUUAAGCUUUUGAAUUACAUGAAGAACACAAAAGCAUAGCAUAUAGUAACCAAAAGAUACGCUAAGCUAUUAUGAAAAUUAGUAAUCAAAAACCUAUAUUUCCUAAAUUACCACAUAUACGUAAAGAAAAAACAGAAGUAUCUGAUUAAAUUGAAAGGGAGAAUAAAAGACUCAAAAAAAGCAUUGAAAACCUUUAAAAUAGUCUUACUUAUAGAACCAAUCAUUAGAACAUUAAGAAAUCUUAUCAGCAAAUACUCAGUUAGUAUUGUUAAUCAAGAUUGUAGUAAUAAAAUGAAUAAUUAUAAUAAUGAUUCCUAAAUUGUUAAUUCUUCUAUUGGACCAUUAUCUGUGAGAAGAAGUACAUUAAAUUUUACUUUCGGAAGAGAAUAUGAUUUGCCAUCUGAAUCUUUUGAUAAGGCAGUCGAGAUUUUAUCAAAGAAUUUAUAAUUGAAUGAAUAAGCAGCAAGAAUUUACAUGUAAGACAUACUUAGAGAAUUCGGGUAAAUAAAUAAGUUUAUAAUUUCAGUUAUUUUAAAGCCCUUGAAUAACAAGAAGAAUAUUUUGAUUACAUUGAAUAAACUAUCACUAGUAUGGAGUAUAAACAAGUUAAGAGAGGAAAUAUUGUUUUUCAUUGUGGAGAAAGAGGAGAUUAUUUUUAUCUCAUUCUAAGAGGAACAGGUAUAGUUUAUGUCCCAAAAAAGUAAUUUAUUAUUUUUGAUAUUGUAGAUAAGAAGAACUUGUUUAAUAGAAAACAAUCUUAUUAAAAGUAGAUUAAUGCAAGGAAGAUUUGGCUAAUACUAAAAAGAAGGAUGAAAUAAAAUAAUUAUAAAAACAGUUACAAGAUCUUUAAACUUAAUUGUAAGAUUAUUAAAACCCUGAAGACAUUUUACUGUUUCCUUUCAAAAGUAGAUAUUAUUAGAAACUAUAAAAUGGAUAAAUGAUAUGUCUCUAUAAGAAAGUAAAUGUAAUGAGGGAAGGGGAAUGUUUUGGAGAAGUUUCUCUGUUUAGAAAUGAACCUAGAGCAGCAACAUUAAUAGCCUUAGAGACGUUACAUCUUGGUGCACUUAAUAAAACUAAUUAUUUACGAAUAUUUGAAAGUAAAUUAGAAAAAUUAAAUUUUACUCUUGGUAUGUUAAGUAAAUUGUUUCCUUAAUCAUCCAAAGAAAAUGUUAUUUAAUUAAGUUUUGAUUUUCAAAAAAAAAUAUAUUCAAUUAAUUCCACUAUUUUUAAAUAAGGUGAUGUUGUAGAUGGUUUGUAUCUUAUUUUUUCAGGAAUAGUUGAAAUUAUUUGUGAUAAUGUGCGUGUUAAUCAAUUUUGUGAAGGAUAGUUUGUAGGGUUAUUCGAUUUAAAAAAUCCAAGUUUAAGAACAUAUUCUGCAAUAUCUGGUUCAUAUGAAACAAUCAUAUACUUUUUACCAAAAAAGAAUUGUAAUGGUUUAGAUAAAUUUAUGAGAGAAAGAAUGACUGAUUUAAGAAUAAGUAGUGAAACUUAUAGAUAAGAAUGGGUAAAGAAAUGUCAUAAUAUGAUUGCUUUAUAAAAAAAAGAAUCAAAUAAAUCUUUAUUAAAAGGUGUGAAUACUAAGGAUGUUCUUCAAUAAUGUAUAUUACCUAAUAAAACAUAAACUAAUUCAAACAAAAUAUCAAAAGAUAGGAUAAGUGAAAUAGUAGAGUAUAAUAAUGUACAAUGUUCAUUAAAAGAGAAAUUGCAGAAUGUUAAAUUAUGUUUACAAAUGAGAGAUUUUGAUAAGGAAAAAGAAUUGGUUGAAAAAAUGAUGAGGUAAUAGCAUUCAUUGCUUCCUCGUUUAAGAGAAAGACCAAGAAAUUUAGUAGAGACUUAUACAGUUUUAAUGUCCAAAGUUUAAAGAGCAUCUCCUUAAAAUAAUAUGUUUGAAUCAUAAAAUCAUAGUGAACAUUUAUCAAAGAAUAUUCAUGUUGAAAGAUUGAAAUAUUUAUUUUAGAAGAAGAAAAGUGAAUAAAUUGUUAAUAAAAUGAUGGGAAUAUGA